UGGAGAAAGUAAACAUGGAGGAUAUGAUUUGCAAUUAUCGAAAGUGCAGACAAGGUCUUAAUUCGAAUGCAUGGGUGACAUCUUGUUCUCAUAUUUUUUGUGAUGAGCAUGGAGCCAAAGAAUUCAACAAGAAAUCUGUUUGCCCUGCAUGUGAUACCCACCUACCCAGCAAGUUUGAUGUAAUAAGGAUUGAUCUGUCUCCCAGUGAACAGUAUAAAUCGAUGGUGCUGGCUGGACAAAGACCGGAAAUCAUCUUAGAGGCUUGCUCAAGGGCACUCACAUUUUGGACCUACCAGAUAGAUCAGGAGAGAAUGUAUCAGGAUUAUGUGGCUAAGAAAGCAAAGGAGAGGAAUACACAGAUGGAACAGUAUUGUGAACAGCUACUCAACAGGACACAGACUGAAGUCACUAGUUUGAAGUCCCAAAUUUCAGCUUUGCGGAGAGAAGUUGAAACAACAAAGAAGCGAUACAACGAUGUCUAUGAGAAACUUGUGGAGAGGAAUCGGCAACACCAGAAGCUCCAGUUGAUGUACGAUUCACUAAGGAGGUAA